AGAGGAGCUACGACGGAUCUCCACCGUCGGCGGAGACAGAUUAGUGAAGAAAGCUCAGACGGAGCGAUCUUCUCAAGAUCCAAGCCGCACACCGGAUUGACGCUUCAAAAAACAAUCAUCUACAAUCAACUCAACAACUUCGCUCAUCCAGCAUGAACCGAAGCAGAGAGAAGAGAGAUGAUUGAGCGGUGAAGAGACAGGAAGCGCAAAUCAACGAACCGGGAUAAGCCCGGUGAGGAGCCGCCAUCACCAAUCGAGAAGAUCGCGAUGCGGAGACAAAAGUCGGAUGUCCAACACCGAGAGAUCAAGCGAGGACACCGAAGACAAAAGCCGGACGACCUCAAAAGGAAACGAGCGUCGCCAGAGUCAGAUCCAGUCGGAGAACAUCGAAACCGGAGAUAAACAGCCGGCGGAGCCGGCGAUAAACGGAUCGCCUCUCUCUCUCUAAAAGAUUUUAAAGAGAUAAGAGAGAGAGAGCAGUGUUAUUUUUUUUUUCACAUGUUUUAUGAAUAUUUUUAUUUUAUCAUGUGGAACCUGAUCUGUCUCCUUGUGCAACUUUCUCUAAAGAAUAAACUAUUGUAUUAUUAAAUUAUAGUAUAUCACAAAGGUUCUCAAACAAAGCUCUGAUCUAGAGAGUAUAUCUAUUUCUGCCUCAUCGGACUCUCUCUCUCGCUGCAGUUUUUUGACAACAAUGGCUGCAAUCACCGUUGACUUUCAGCUAUGCUUCAUCUUCACCUUCCUAUGGCUCCUCACACGCUUCUGCCUGUCUGCUUUCUUCUUCAAGAAACAAAAAGACUAUGAUCUACCUCCGAGUCCACCAUCUCUACCUGUCAUUGGUCAUCUGCACCAUCUCCUCUCUGUUCCAACUCACAAAUCAUUUCACAAAGUCUCUUCCAAGUAUGGUCCUCUCCUUCACCUCCGUGCUUUCAAUAUCCCAAUCGUUCUAGUCUCAUCAGGCUCCAUGGCCCACGAAGUCUUGAGCAUCAACGGCCUGAACUUUGCUACCCGUGACCGUGAGGUUCCUAUAAUGGAAAAAUCAUUACUGUUUGGAUCUUUUGGUUUUGUCUCAGCGCCUUAUGGAGAUUACUGGAAGUUCAUGAAGAAGCUGUUAGUCACAAAGCUUCUCGGUUCUCAUUCUCUCGAGCGGACACGGCUCAUCCGCGGGGAAGAACUCAAGACAUUCCGUGCUAUGCUCUUUGACAAGGCGGCAAGGAAUGAAGCUGUUGAUGUUGGUGAAGAGAUGAUGAAGCUGACGAAUAACACCAUUUGCAGGAUGAUCAUGGGGAGGAAAUGCUCUGAGGAGGACGGUGAAGCGGAACAAAUCAGAAGCUUGGUGACUGAGUCACAUGGUUUGGUGAGGAAGUUCCUUAUAGCUAGCACGGUUGGUCGACUUCUCAAGAAGGUUGGGAUCUUGCUGUUUGAGAAGGAGAUCAUGGAGGUCUCACAGAGGUAUGAUGAGUUGCUGGAGAAGAUUAUUAAGGAACAUGAAGAGAAUCCGAAUCAGAAAGAGGACAGAGACAUGGUGGAUGUUCUGUUGGAUGUUUGUGCAGAUGAUAACGCUGAGUUUAAGAUUUCAAGGAACCAGAUCAAAGCGCUUUUUGUGGAGCUUUUACUUGGAGGCACUGAUACUUCAGCACAAACUACACAGUGGAUAAUGGCUGAACUGAUUAACCACCCUGAGAUUCUUAAAACUUUGAGAGAAGAGAUUGAAUCUGUUGUAGGGAAAACGAGGUUUGUUCAAGAGACAGAUCUCUCAAACCUGCCGUAUCUGCAGGCUGUGGUGAAGGAAGGGCUAAGACUACACCCUCAUUCGCCAAUCUUGGUGAGGACUGCAGCGGAAGGAUGCAAGAUCGGAGAGUUUUACAUACCACAGAACACUACUAUGAUCAUAAACUCUUACGCGGUGAUGCGAGAUCCGGAUUCAUGGGAGGAACCAGACGAGUUUCAGCCGGAGAGGUUCAUGGUUUCUCCUUCAAAGGGGAAAGAAGAGAUGAGAGAGCAGUUAGCUUUGAACUACCUUCCUUUUGGGAGCGGUAGAAGAGGAUGCCCUGGAACAAACUUAGGUUAUAUCUUUAUUGGAGUAGCCGUUGGAACAAUGGUGCAGUGUUUUGACUGGAGUGUUAAUGGAAAUAAGGUGAACAUGGAAGAGACUGGAGAUAUGACCCUGCGCAUGGCUCAUCCACUUAAAUGCACUCUUGUUGCUCGAGUUCACUCUUCAGCCAGCUUUGAGCCAGUUGAUGGUUGAGUUUGAUAUGUGCUGUUGAAGUUGCAGACACACACUUCAGAAGAAGGCUCUACUGCCAAUAGAAAACACAUGAGCUCUUGCACUUUAUCUUUGCUGGGAGGAACUUGAGUUCUCUGAUUGAGUCGGGCUAUGGAUGUCGAAAGGGAGUUUCAUCUUAGCCAGUGAUUCAUUGAACUGGUGCAAGCUUUGGGGUAGCCGUUGGAGCAAUGGUACAGUGUUUUGAGUGGAGUAUCAAUGGUUAACACAGAAGAGACUUCUCCUUGCACUGUUUAUAACAGAACUUGUUGUCUUAGUGUACAUCUGUUAGAUAAACACGUUUAAGUACAGGACAAGGUUGCGAGAUUUUAGUACUAAAUUAGAAAAAAAGUUGCAGAUAACAAGAAAAGCU